CAGGUUGCUGUGUCUGUGACUAAGUCUGUCGUCUGGACUGUGUUGACUCGCUCCUCUCUGGAUGCUUUGGAUGAGUUUGUGGACAGCUGAAAGCAGGUUGCUGUCAGCAGAGCACUGGUGUUUUUAGCCACCGGCUGUACCUGGGACCUUAUCUGCUGACAUCUGGCAACAUAUUUGGAUGGAGCACUUGUGAUCCUGCAAACACUUUCUUGUACUGAUUCCCUCCUAAAUACCAAAGACUGGAGAACUGAUCCUGGUCAAUGUAUAUAGCACUUACCUCAACUCCCCCAGAAAUGAAUGCCAACAGUAUGCCUAAACAAGUGGAGGUGAGGAUGCACGAGAGUCACCUGGAGCCCAUUGAGGCCAGGCCCCAGUCAAAAUGUGCCAAAAUCUGCUCCAAAAUGUUCAAGAACCUUCUUCUCACUCUCACUGUUCUUGGUGUGAUCUUGGGGGCUGUAGCAGGGAUGCUGCUUCGUGUCGCUGCCCCACUCCACCCAGAUAUUGUCAUGGUGAUUGCUUUUCCUGGAGACAUCCUGAUGAGGAUGCUGAAGAUGUUGAUCUUGCCACUCAUUAUCUCCAGUUUAAUUACAGGUCUAGCCGGUCUUGAUGCCAAAUCUAGCGGUCGCCUGGGCACCAGAGCUAUGGUCUACUACAUGUCCACAACUAUUAUUGCUGCUGUCCUGGGAGUCAUCCUGGUGUUAGUCAUCCACCCUGGCAACCCCAAACUGAAGGAGAAUCUGGGCGAGGGCGAGAAAAAUGAAGAUGUGUCCAGUCUGGAUGCCUUCUUUGAUCUGAUCAGGAACCUUUUCCCAGAGAAUCUGGUGCAGGCUUGUUUCCAGCAGAUUCAGACAGUCACAAAGAAGGUGGAGGUGGUUAUUGAGGAGGAUGCCAAUGCCACUACUAUGGAGGGCCUAGUGGCUAACAUUACAAAGGAGCCUCAGUACGUCAUCAAAAAGUCACUGCAAUUCAAAAGUGGCAUGAAUGUUUUGGGUCUGAUUGGUUUCUUUAUUGCAUUUGGCAUCUGCAUGGGCAAGAUGGGAGAGAAGGCCAGGCUCAUGAUUGAAUUCUUCAAUAUCCUCAAUGAGAUUGUGAUGAAAAUUGUCAUCAUGAUCAUGUGGUACUCUCCAUUUGGUAUUGCUUGUCUGAUUUGUGGCAAGAUCAUUUCCAUUAAGGACCUGGAGGUCGUGGCUAGGCAGCUGGGCAUGUACAUGGUGACAGUGAUUAUUGGCCUCAUCAUCCAUGGAGCAAUUUUUCUGCCCAGCAUUUACUUCGUUAUCACCAGAAAAAACCCCUUUACCUUCUUCCUGGGCAUCUUCCAGGCCUGGAUCACUGCUCUGGGGACAGCCUCCAGUGCUGGUACACUACCUGUCACCUUCCGUUGUCUGGAAGAGAAUUUGGGCAUUGACAAAAGAGUCACUCGUUUUGUGCUCCCAGUCGGUGCCACCAUCAACAUGGAUGGAACUGCCCUGUAUGAGGCUGUGGCUGCUAUUUUCAUUGCCCAGAUGAAUGGUGUCAACCUUGACCCUGGUCAGAUUAUCACUGUCAGUCUGACAGCCACCUUGGCCAGUGUUGGGGCCGCCAGUAUUCCCAGUGCCGGCCUGGUGACUAUGCUGUUGAUCCUAACUGCUGUAGGUCUGCCAACCCAAGAUAUCAGUCUCCUGGUUGCUGUCGACUGGCUGCUUGAUCGAUUCAGGACCUCAGUGAAUGUGGUUGGUGACUCCUACGGUGCAGGCAUCGUGUACCACAUGUCAAAGGCAGAGUUGGAUGAGCUGGACGCACACAUGGCUAAGUCAGAUGACAUUGAAAUGAUGACGAAGACCCAGUCUUAUUACGACGACAUGAAGAACCACCAUGAAAAUAAUUCCAACCAGUGCGUCUUAACCGCUACCGAUACCACAACUGCUAGUGCUACUGCUAACAAUUCUGCUGUAGUAGAUGAAUGCCAGGUAACCUCAGCCACUAACGGCUCUGCUGCGGAGUGCACGCUUGUUGAGGAGGAACCAUGGAAACAUGAAUAAUGGCAGCACAGAGAUCCCCUGCUUCUGGGCUCCACAAGCUUUCCCGUCUGGUGAUAUACAAGAAUGAAUGAAAAAUCACAUGAACAGAACUACUAAUUGUUUUUUUCAUGUAGUUUACUUUUUUUUUUAUUAUUAGUCCCUUUAAAUUUUUAACUGUCUGUCUGACUGAUAUAUAUGAUACUAAUUCACUUAACUGUGAAAUGAUAACAUAGGCAUACCUCACAUGUUAGAGAACAGUUAUGUCCUGUAUAGCAGAUACUUGCACAACAUUCUUCAAGGCUUGGGUAGGGAAGGAAGAGAGAGAAAAAAAGGUUAGAUAAGCUAUUCUUAGCAAUACAUCCUGUAUGAGGAGUGAAGAAGUGAAGAUUCGCUGAGACCAUCUUCCAAGUUUCUUAACGGUGAAUCAUUAUUUUAGUGUCAAAGGACAAGUGGGACCUGGAGCAUUAAUCAUGACAACCAGUGCAGUUUGUAGUGAAAUCCCCUUCUUUCCAUCUCUGCCAGUACUAUCACAAUGCACAGUGCACAAGGCCACUGCUUUUUGGUUUCAUCUCAGUCUCUCAUCUAAGAACACAAGUGUCUUUAAUGUGCUUCAAACUGCAAUUAUAGUUGCCCAGUAUUACCCAGUAUCCCUGAGGACCAACAAACUGAUAAAAGGGUCACAGAGAACAAUAGUGAACGGGGGACCCAUGCUGAGCCUCACAACUUACAAGGAAUAUGAAAGUAGAAUUAUAAAGCACAAAUCAUACCACGAAGCCCAUUUAUAACUCCAUCAUAUUUUUAUUUUGUCUACUGUGUGGAAAAUGAAUUUUUUCUUUGUGCCACCUAUUGGGCGAUAUUUAAAACUAAUUUGUGUGUGCGAUAGAGAGAGGGAGUGCUAAGGUCAAAACAUGACCGAGGCAAUUAAAGGAACCAAACAGGCAGAAAAUCAAUCAGCUCACAGAGGCCUUUGAAUUGUCACCAUGACAUCCAUUUUCUUAAAUUGUCAAUUUAUAACUGGCCAGCACAACAGGUGAUAAUCUGAUAAAACCUCAAAGCCUAAUGCGCUGCCCUAAAAUCCAAUUGUAUACAGUGCUCUGCAUUUUCACCAAAAAAAGAUUUUUUUUUUGAUGCCAAUGAAAAAUAAAUUUCAAUCAGUUUUAAAGCGAAGUGUAAAUGUAAAUUUAAAUUGCAUACUUGCAUAAAUUCUAGCAAAAAUAAGAGAUUAUAUUGAGCAUAAAUAAAGAAAAAGCACAAGUGAAGCCAAAAUGUGAGUGCAUAUCAGUGCUGACCAUAAUCUUUCCAUUUUUUUUUUUUUUUGUAUAAUUUUAAAAAUAAGCAAGAUCAAAAGAUACUCAGGCUUCUAUGUUUACUCUUUUGGGGAAAAAAAUGUUUUAACUCUAAAAUGUUUACUUGUUUGCUUGUGUUUUUCCGCAAGAAAAUGGCCUCUGAAAAAUUACAACAAAGGUUUUUGUUGAGAGAUAUGACAAUAUGAUAGGAAAGGAAGCUUUCCAGAACAUAUAGUAAGCACACAUUUAUUUCAGACUACAUUCCAGUGGCUAAAUGAUCCUGUGAACCAGUGUACUAGAAAGCACAGACAUAGUUAUUAUUAAACACUGGCAGAGCACAAAAGGUGAACCGCUAGAAACAUUUAUAAAAAGAAAUUGAGAAAGAAGUAGAGCAGCACUCGGCUGUCAGAUGGAUUCUUGGCUUGCACAAACACAGACAGAUCCUCUUUGGGGAGACCUGCCAGCUUCUUGUUUAGCCAGAUCUAAAAAGGUAAACAACAAUAUAUUUUUGCCACCAGAGCUCAAGACUGUUUCUACAAACCCUAGAUGCUGCAGCUGUGUGUCCAUAUAGUGAGAAGGUAGCUGGUGAAACUCAGAAUAUGACAAUGGGCAUGCACAGUUAAAUGCCAGGAUGUUCCAGUUAUCAGGUACUACACAUAUAAUAUUCUCCUAGAACCAAAAAAAAAAAAAAAAAGUAUGGCAAACACACAAACAAAGCAGGACUGCUGGCUGUUAUUUUAUUAUUAUUAUUUUUGGUGUGUGUGUGUGUGUGUGUGUGUGUGAGAGAGAGAGAGAGAGAGAGGGAGGUGAAACUGAUGUCAAUGUGAAUUUGAUUUCUUUGUCAGGGUUGUGUUCUUCUCUCGUUUCAUCUGUGCUGAAUGACCUUGCCUUGAAGGUGUUCAAUUCAAACAAAUGCCAAUUAAAGUAACAGUUGUAAACUUAACACAACACCUAGUGCAGCACUCUGUCAUUUAUCUACUUUUAUACAUUAUAAUGCACAUGCAGCGUUCUGCUCAAAACGCUGCAUCGACGAUGUAUGUAUAUACACACAAUAACUGACGCACAUAGACCAUCUUCACAUUUGUGUCCAGAUGCACACAUAACAAAAAUGCGAAACAAAAACAAAAAAAACAAACACUUAAACUACGAAGUUCACCACAUUUACAAUUGUAAUAGAGAGCUGUAGAGUACAGCACUGACACUCUUAACUCUUCAGGAUUAUACACACGCAGACACACACACACGCACGCACACACAAACACAGGGGAGUAGAGGAACGAUAGUGUCACCGAUGGGGAUUGUGUGUUGGACCAAUAUUAUGUUCAAACUCACGGUUUUAGAAGCAUGAAUUAAAAUAAUAUGAUAAUUAUUUUUUGCACCACUAUCUUAAAAGCAUGAUAUUUUGAAGUGCCUCCUUGCACUUUGUGUAUAUAUUGUAGGUAACAGAUAUCUUUUGUUUUUGCUUCUUUUGAAGGGGGAUAUUGAAAUGGUACGUAGAACUAUAGUUUCAUCGCUGUGACAUUUUUAAAUGUAAUCCUCUAGGAAAAAAAAAAAUCAUCCAUGUCUGAAGUAAAAUUAGAUUAGAUAAAAUGUAUAGAGGAAAAUAUGUCAUAAAUUGCUUGUUUUUUUAUUCUCUAAUACCUGUUAACUAGUUGUUUUAAUUAACUGUCACAUUCCAGCAUAUAAAUAUCUUUUUUUUUUUUAUCUAAUGCAAGCGUUUUGAAUGUUUGUUCCAUGAAGAUAUAAGCAGUGUGAAUUCAUUUUCAUUGUACAUACAUAAAUAUAUAAUUGUUCUGUUCAGUGGCAAUGCAGAGUUUUACAGAAAUUAUAGUUAUCCUGUAAAAAUACUGUUUGCAUGAAGAAGAGAAAGAAGGAGACUGAGAAGAAGCGAGUUAAAAAUGAGCAAGGGGAAGUUUGUGGUUUGAUAAGGGGGCCAACAUGACUUAUUUGGGUGAGAAAUGAUUAUUAUAAAGGCUCUUGAUAAUAAAGACAAAAAAGGGAGAAAGUCAGGCAUGCUCUGCAUGUAGGAUAGAGCAAUGUAUCAAACACAGCCUAGGAGUUGAUAUAAGAGAAAGCUCAAACUUCCAAUUGUAUUCAAAUGCCUGUUACAGUAUAGAGCAACAUUCCUCAGGUGACUCAUCUAAACACAUUUUGUCUUUUCAAAGGAGAAAACUGGCUUCAGUCUCAGACAUCUUUGUUUACCUGGUGCAUUUAAAGCUGCAAGACAUGAACAUCUAGAUCUUUUAGAUGGUGUGUUAGUGUUUCCAUUUACCAGAUCUUCACGCAUUUAAACUCAUGUCAUCAACAUCAAGGAGGUUUUUUAGAAAUACUACUUAGUAAACUGCCUUUACUCGAUUUGCCUUUUUACUUUCUGCACAGAAACUAUAUGCACGCACAAACACCUGGAAUUGCUUACCUAAGUGGUACUGAUUACAUGGAAAAUAACUGAUACAACAAAGAGCCAGUAUAUCUUCAAGCCUGUCCUUUUCUACUGAAAUGUGUGUGUGUGUGCUUUUUUUUUUUUUUUUGAAGAAACUCAUACACUGAGCUGAUAACCUGUUUCACUCCUGCCUACAAUGUGCUUUGCAGAUUUUACUUUUCUAGGCCUUCCCUCUUUGUAAAGCUGUUGUUAUCUUGAUGUAAAGGGAGAGGGUAUGUGUGGGGGAAAUUCACUAUUGG